AUGUCCCAAAAUUUCGGUGAAUCGGUGCUCAACGUCAAUGACACCAACACUAUCAUCACUUUUACCCUUAAUCCUGCCUCCCAAUUACCCACCAAGCUUAUUGGUGAUAAUUUCCCAACAUGGAGGGUGCAACUCUUCACCCUUCUUCGAGGCCUUGAUCUCCUCAAGUUUCUUGACGACUCUCAUCAUGCUCCCGCUGCCACCAACGAGGCUUCUGUUCGCACUCUCUGGUAUCGACGAGAUCAACUUCUCCUUCAUGCUAAUCAUGCUUCUAUGUCUUCUUCUGUUGCGCCCUAUGUAUCAACAGCUACCUCCUAUCGCGACGCCUGGACGACAUUGGAGCGCAUGUUUGCCAGUCAAUCCCGUCAACAUGUUAUUCACCUCAUCGAGAAACUCGGCCGAGAAACUCUUGGCAAAUGUCCGAUGGCUUUAUCCUCUAUCUCGCAAGUCUGA